AUGAUGGCGGUGCGUGAACGCGCAGUAAAUGUAAUGGCUGCUCUGGAACGGCGGGUGCCUAGUCUCGAUGAUUUCGUGGGCGAAAGCUGGAGCGCCUGGGCCGAGAGAGCCGGUGUGACUGCGUCGGAAGGUAAGGGAGCACUUUGGCAUCGGUAUUGUUAGAUAUCAAACCGAUGGUCAUUCUGUUGAGGUUUAUUUUCGAGGAAACGGGCGGCAGCCUUAACCAUGCUACCCAAACAAAGACCCUGCUGGGUCCUAGCGCUGGGAGGAUAACGUGUUGCUCUGUCCCAGGUCCUAGCGCAUACGGCGUCUUCCCAUAAAAUAAGUGAUAAUCGUUUCUAUUUGAUCCUCGUUAUGAUGUUUUAUGUAUACACAGACCAUGAAAAGAAUUUGACAAUAUUAUCUUAUUACAACGGCACACACCCAAAUAGAACUAUGGCCCUACAGCGGAAGGCGUCUUGUAUUAGUUGUAGCGAUGGUAGGGCGAACAACUUCUUGCCAUGGAAAGCUAGCUAGCCGUAUUAGCAAUGAAGUUAAGCUAAUAAUGCUAGCAGGAUGAUACAGACACCGGCGACUAAGGAGGAGUCUGAUGCUGUUGCCACCAUGUAACAUUUAAGUAAUCUAGAUUUUUAUUUCAGGGCGAAUUUUGAGCUAUUCUCGAUUGAUGGAAUGGUGAUGUGACAACAGUUUUUGGAAAUACUGUGUAUUCGAGGCACAAUUUAUUUUUUGAGUUUCCAUACGAGAUCUGUGUCUUCAUAGCUCCAAGUGUGUGUGUGUGUAUGUGUGUGUGCGCGCGCAUUCAUUGUCAGGCACCGCUCCAAGUUCUACUCUCCCCUAACUUUCUUAUAAACCAACAAUUCUCUAACACAAAAUUAACAUAAUUCCAUCAGUGCACACGUGUAUGAGAUCUAAAAUCAUGUUCGUAACCUAAAUCAAGCACCAGACAGAGGGGACAAAUUCGCCAUACAAAAUGAAGUCACCUAUCCAGUUUAUUCCAAAAUUAACAUCCACACUGAAAGGGAAUUCCCAUAUAUACAUCCUGUAUGGAACCUGUACCUGCUGCUUAUCUCUGUGUGCCAGUUGUUAGACCAGAGGUACAGGUUCUGCUCCUGACUUCCUGUGUAGUCAACACAGACAAGGGGAUGAAUCUCAAUAGUGUCUUUCCCUCAUCUCCUCUGCCCUUAUCCACUGAUAUGGAAGAACUGGACUGGCAAAGGUGUUUGUCUUCCAUGUUGUUUUCACUUGAUCUGCCUUUCAGAUCAUUGCGGAUCAAAGGAAGAUGUAAUGAAGGAACCACCUCUUGACUAUUGAGAUGCACCCAAAGCUUACUAGACUAGCCUUGCAUGUGUAUCCUGUAUGUACACCUCAGUCACAGUCUCUGUUUUCAGGCUCCGAUGGUGAUGACUGCAGCAAGAAUGGGAAGAAAGCAGCUGAGGCAAUGUCUCUUAGGAAGGAAGGUAAGUAUUUUUUGGAACACUUGUAAGAUUACAUCCUUCAUACUUAGGUUUAGAUUUGCCUCUAACAUUACUGAUCUGGGUCACCUAGCUAGCCACAUCCGAACAUGCCACUGCAGCACAAUGUGUUUGUGUGUCCCAAACAGUGUGUGUCUCUCCAGAUUUGUCUCCUCUUCCUCUCGUGCUUGUGGGUGUCUUGUCUUAAGAGAUGAAUGUGGUUGGGGGGCAUGGGGGGGGGGGGCUGCUGCCUGCCAGGGUCUCUCUGUACCCAGGUGCCCUCUGGCAACCAGCCUGGCAGUCUGCAGCAGCAGCUGUCUGACCGACGCUGCCUCGUGUGUGUAUUUGUCUGCCUGCUUUUGUUCCUGUGUGUUUUACAGAGAGAGGUAGACACUGUGAUGUGUGUUUGUAUCUAUACAUACUUUCUCCAUGUGAUUUCUCACCUCCUGUUGGUCCUCUCGCCCCCCCCCCCCCCACACACAGACAUGUCCAUUUUCGGCCACUACCCGGGCAAAGAUGACUUCUACUUGGUGGUGUGUAGCCACUGUGGCCAGGUGGUCAAGCCCCAGGCCUUUGAGAAGCAUUGUGAGAGGAGACACGGCCCCCUGAGCAAACUGUACACCCGCCUCCGCUCCCCCCCUCCAGCACCUCAGCAGCGCCCCCGCCAUAGCCACUCCCCAUCCUCCGCCCACACAACCUCAUUCUGGGAAGGGAGGGGGCAAGGGACCGGGGCACCAAGAGCAGCCCCCCCAUCUACACCCCCACAGUUCAGACACACCAAGCCCCCCAAGGAAGGAGUACGGUAAGAGGGAUGGGCUAGAUGGAUCAAGGGUGGGGGUUGAGGAAGAGGAGGGAUUAGAGGAUAGGGGUGGCCUUUCUCUAUUUUCCAUGGUGAAAACCAUCUUGUUAUUGUAUCCAUAACCAUCUGUGAGAUGUAUUUUAAAAAUGUAUUCUGAUGAUUCAUUUCGAUGUUUUAAAAAUCUGACCGUCUCUCUUGUCCCUUCAGCCACUCCCCCCUGGAUAAGAGUCCCCACAGCGGUCACUCUGAAUCAGCCGUGUUCAAGCAGCCUCCACCCCUGGAGCCUCCCCUGAGCUCCCCACCCCCCUCCCUCAGAGACCCACCCUGGCCGCAUGGAGGCACCCCGCCUGGCCGGCCAUCCCCCACGCCGGCCGGCCGGCCAUCCACCACCCCGCCCGGCCGGCCCUCCACUAGUGAGAGGACACACACCCAGAGAAAGGAGGCCAUAUCGGUCGCUACCCUCCCUGGCCAUCUCCGUGGACCAAGACCUUACAACAAAGUGGCCUCCAGUGAGUCUUUCUUUCCUUUAACUGUAAUUCAUGCAGGUUUGGGUCACAGAGAUGAAAUGUCUUUUUUUAAGAGAGACGGGCCUCCCCCUCUGAACACAAGGAAAGGAAGCUAGUGUAGACUAUUGAGUCACAGCUAUCUGAUGUUUGAUUGCUAUUAAGACACUCUUCUGUUCCUGUCAUCUCCAGGGAGAGAGUGUGAUCUAGACAAGCACUGUGGAGUACUGGACUCCGAGAGGAAGAAAGUCUGCACUCGUCUCCUGACCUGCAAUGUAAGUUCACACUCACCCGCUCAUAUAAACUGUCAUCUUCCUUCUCUAUCCCCGUCUCCUCUCUUCUUGUCCUAGCGAUGACGUCACAGCACCAAUUUUCAACGACGUAGCGUUUUCACCCCCCCCUUCUCUGCCUGUGUGCACCGUUGCUGUGACUUCUGUUGCACAGACAGCUUCUCACACUCAUUUGCGGCAGAAUUUUGCGGGAAAAGUCUCUAAAUGCUAUCAAAAUCAUAGAAAUCUUCAGUGUCAAAACUCCCCAAAGGCAGCCUGAAAAGUAACAGAAUUUGUUGCUAGCCACUUUUACCAAUAAAAGUUGCUGGAUGGGUCUGAAAACUCGCUAAAUAUAGUGACAAAGUUGCUAAAUUGGCAACACUGGGGGUGAAAGUAAGUCAGUCUGAGACGGAGUACUGGUAAAAUAAAUAGUGAGGGUACGCCGUACCGGUUGAACAUGAGCCUAUCACAAAAAUUACAACUGUUGGCUGUUACACUUUUAUUUAUCAUUAUCGCAUGAAAAAUGUGCGAAUAUACUGGAAAACGUGUGUAAUACGCUCCAAAAUGCGAGGUGGUUCGACGAUAACAGUUAAAUUUUGCAAAGGCAGAGACGAGUGACAGAAACGCGCGCGGACAGUGGAUGCAUCAAUUCAGGUUACAAGUGUAGACCGUAUGUCAAUGUCAUUCAUUACACUUCUUGGUGUUUUGUUACAGAUGUCUCUUUACAUUCAUCAAAUGGCAGGUGCACUGUAUGACUGCGGAAAUUAUUUUAGGGUGGACGAAUGUGCGCAGGGAGCCUUUUGAAGUGAUUGUUUAGCAAUCAGAUUAAAACAUUGCUGGUUAUGUUUAUGCCACAUUAGAAGGUUGCAUAGGAGGUACCAUACUGGUAAGAAAUUAAAUAUACUUUAACCCCUGGUUACAACUGAUCUAUUUGUUUAAAUAACUUAUCUGGCUCCUCCAUUGGAGGUCCCACCGGCAAGAGAUGGGAAUCCCUUUCCAAAAGACAGUCAACGAUAUAUGCCAAGAGUAAUAACUUGGAUCUUUCUUUUUAUCUGUGAUUCAGCACAGUAAGAGAAGGGGGAACUAUCAGACACAGAUAAGAGACAUAUCUAGGUUAUUAUUACUAUCCUAUGAUAAUAGGAGGAGCUCCAAUGAUAAUGGUUCCCUUCAAAACCAGUACCCCAUAGAUAACAUAGUAAUUACUUCCAUUUAUGACGUCACAUCGGGCAUGGAUUUCAAACAGACACUUUUAAACAAAAAAUGGAUGACAUUACUAGUAGGCCUAAUUGUGGAGUGCCCCUUUUGAAUUAUGAGGAUGACUAAUUUCUCCCCAUUUUACUUUCUCUUUGUCUUCCUCUCACCUGUCUCUCCUGUUUUCUACACAGCUAUUUGUUGCUAUGGCAGCAUAAUACACUCGGCGUCUAAAUAUCAUGUUGCUUCGUGAUUGUGGUGUUGCCUUAGUAUUUGAAAAGUUUGCCAUAUAAGGGAAGGGGUAUUUUGUGUAGGGCAUUGAGGACAUUGUGGUAUUGAAUAUGACCCCUAGUCCUGGAGCCCUGGUGUAGUUAGUGUUAAAGAGAAACUACCUCCUCCUUUCCUUAUUAAAAUCACUGAUCUGACAUGACUAGGAAGGUGACGGCAAAGUAGUAGAAACCUUACUUUCACCCAUCCCGCCAUGUUAGAUUAGUGAUUACUUAAAGUUAAGAUGAGGCUUUUGUCAAAGUACUGACAUGGCCACUGUCUAGAGCUGAGAGCACAGGAAGGGGCUGUGUGUCUGUGGCGCAGGCUGCUGGUUUGUCUAAAAGAGGAACCCGGCCGUGUCUCUCAGUGCAAAGAGGGGUCACGUGUAGGCAGGAGCAGAGAACCCCAUUUACAGGAAAUGGAAAGAGAAAGGAAUGAAUCUGAGGAAAACGGCUUCCCUCCCUCACUUCUUGUUCAGACGCCCACACUGUAUCUUUCUUAAUGUCUAAUUGUCUGCUGUACCAGGGCUUAUCCUCCCUCUUUACCAAGACUAGUUGAUACAACAAUCUAUUGCCAUCAGCUGUUAUACCUACAUAUUGUUCAUGAAAUGUUGCCUCUUUUUAAAUGUUUUCUACAGAUCUCUCAUGAUGGUUUAGGCUCUAGUUUCCUGUCCCCUUGGAGGUACCAAAGCCAGGUCUUCUGAUGCUUGUUUCCUUCAAAUAAUCUAUUUCCUGAUAGUUUGUCACUCCCCUCAUCCCCAACCCUUGUGCUGCUCUGAACAGAUUGUCUCAGGCGUAUGUUAUGUGUGAUUCAGAUCUCUAGCAGCACAGUUAAAUGGUAAUGAAUCUCACCAUGUCUCAGACCCAUCUGUGCCUCAGAAUGAGGUGAUGAGAGAACAGAUUUACCAAUAUCCUAAAAUUAGUGAACUAGAUUGAAACCGAUCAUUCAUUUCAGACCAUCGGUGGUUCUUAGGUCUUGCCUGUCAUAGGGGCUCGGCGCUAUAGUUUUCACUCCAAAAACAGAAGGAAGGUUGGACAGCAUCACCCAUAUAUUCACUGCACUAGAACAAUUUAUCAUUUCUAUUUGGAUGAAAAGCACAGGCUAAUUUUAUUUUUAAGUUGACCAAGUCUUUGUCCAAGCACCUUUUUGUGUAAGAAACAGACAUUUUAUAAACAAAUCAACUAUAAUGUAUAGUUUUUGUCUCCCUCGUCUGUUUCUUUCUCUUCUCCUUAGAUUCACUCUAUUCACCAGCGGCGAAAGGUUUCUGGUCGGAGUAAAAACUUUGACCAGCUGGUGACUGAGCUGAAGACGGGGGUCCGGAUCCGUGAUCGGGGGGCUCAGACCCAGGAGGGGAGCGGCUCAGGCCGGUCCCCCAGCCCAGAGGCCCACAGGGACCCCCCAGCUACCCCCCACUGCAGGAGGCCUCUCACCAACAACCCUGCCUUCAGGUGGGGGACUAAUGUUAUCAGCUGUGGUCAAAUCAUAGUAAAGAUACUUGUGGUACCUACUUGUGGUAGAUGUGGACAAAAUAUAAAUGUGUGUGUUCAGUCGGUCCAGGGCUUCUUCAGAGAGCGCUCCAGAGGAGGACAAACCUCGUCAAGAGGAGGGUAGCACCCAAGCCCCAUCACCCCUCACCCAUGGGCGCAUUUCCAGCGAUGAGAGCGAGGGAGAGGGGCCUGAGGAACCAAUCGAAUACCCCUCGUCCUCUUGGCACCCCAAACCAGCCGCGGUAAGAUUACAGGAUGUCAACAACCACUCCUAGUAUUAUCACUGCAGUAUGGUGACCUUUUGACAGCUGUAGAACGCAGGGAUGUUGCCAACACUGACUGUGUUAUCACUCCCCUAACACCCCGUGCUCUGUCUCCUCUCCUCUACCUAGGGGUGUUCGUUUGGCAGUCAUGUGAUGGGUCAUGGUAUGUACACCUUUGACCGGCGGCUCCACCACCUUCGGUCGGCUCUCAAUGCCAUGGUGGAGCAGCACAUCAGCGCACACCUCUGGAAGUAAGAUUUCUUUCAAUGUGUGUCCUGUGGUAACAGUAUACAAGGUCUACUGGUGUAGCUGUUUGGCAUAACCGCUACAUGGUGCUGUUCGAGUGCCGUUUUUCUGAUUUGUUUCCUCUCUGAACAAACUAUUGAAUUGUAGUUUUCUGUCUGGAUCUAAUACAGAUAUAUUUUCUAUCUGCAGGAAAAUACCUCAAGCGUCAGACCUCCAGUCCCAAAGUCCCUCUGCGAAGAGCAUCUCCUCUCCCUCCUCCUCAUCCUUUUCUUCCUCUCUGCAUUCUAAAGUCCGGACAGGAAGCCACAGAAUCCCCCCAUCCCUCAGGCCUUCCUCUUCCUCCCACAGACCAGAGAAGGAGACACGCCUACAAAUCUCCUCCCACUCCACAGCCAUUAACCAAUCAGAGAAUUCCAGUGGCAGUGGCAGCCAUAUUGUAGCCCCUGCGCCCCCUCCUGUCCGUCAGGCAGGUCCAGGGCGGCCGCCAGGUCCCGGGAGGCCCAAGAACCCGGUGGGGCGACCCAGCAAGCAGCAACUGAGACUCAGAGAGGAGGCUGCUGCUGCCGCCGCCGCAGCACUCCGUAAACGUAAAGCCCCGUCACAGGAGGGUGAGCACUCCGGCCCAGACAGGAACUCUAUCAUCCUCCAGGACAGGGGACGGCCCACAUCCACUUCCUCUAAGACCGCCCCGCCCACCCCUCACAGCCAGACCAAUGGCACGCUCUCCCCCAGCAGCAAACCCCGCCCCCAGCCAUCCCCCUCGGAGCCCCAUUCGCCAGCAGCUGCCUGGGCGUUUAAACGGAUACACCUACCCUCUGGACACUCUUCCUCCCCACCCGACCCUCACUUUCGCGGGGGGGACUCAGGACUGCACGGGAGGGGGGCAACGGGGUACGAGCACAGGGGGCUGGGGAAGAAACGCAAGGGGGGCAGCAGUGAACCCUCUCCCCCCUCCAAACCGCACCGCCUGCCCUCUUCCCCUCGCUCCAAUUUCUACCCCUGGAAGGACAGUAAGGGGGGAGCGCUACCUGGCGGGGUGGAGAAGAAAAUGGGGACACAGAAGGUGGGUUGAGGCAUUUGUUAUUCCUAUUGUUUACAAUUUACGAUUAUAUUAUGAAUAUAUUAUCUACAUAUGGUACAAAUUAUAUUGUAUGUAAUAUGUUAUCCUAGUUUUUGUGACUAUAAAGCAGCCAUUUGACUGUCGUUUUCCUGCUCUCUCCACAGCCAAAACUGCACCAUUAA